UCCCCAAACGUCAGCGUUGGAGGGGGAAGGUGGGAGGAUUUGAGGAGAGAAGCGGCCAACACGAACAAGGCGGAGGCAAUCGAAAAGCACGUAGCGGCUCCCUCCCCCAUCGACGCAUCCUCCCGCACCCGUGCACCACACAUUUAGCUUCGUCCAAAACUCGACAGAGCAACGUCGGCGCACGCGGAGACAAUUCCAGCGAUGUCUGCGAGAAGUGGAAGAGAGGAGGAGGCACCGAGGUUGGUGUCCCUCGAUGAGCUGCGGAAGCACUGCACCAGCGAAAGCACGUGGAUCGUCUUGCACGACAAAGUCUACGACGUGACCAGUUUCCUGGACAAGCACCCAGGGGGCACGGCCGUCCUGCUGGACCGCGGAGGCCAGGACGCCACCGACGUGUUUGAGGACGAGGGCCACACGCUGGACGCACGCGAGCUCGCCAAGGGAUUCGUCGUGGGCAAGGUUCACCCGAAAGACCUAAAAAUCCUGGAGAAGGACCGAGCCGUCGGUUUAAAAGAAUCUAAGGCAGACAAUGUUGUACAACAAGAGUCAAGGGCAUUCCCUGGGUGGGUGAUCCCAUCGCUGCUGGUGCUCUUCAUCUCCAUGCUGUUCCUGUGGCUGGUGCCGAACCUCUCCACUUCGGAGUCAGAGCCGGAGCAGCAGUGAAUCCUACAUCGCUAACUCCCCACGCUCGGUGACCUCCCCAGAAAGUGAAAAUCCGCCGCCGUGUCCAGUGCCGGAUUAAGCUAGUGUAGGGCCUGUAGCGUAUGUUAUCAAGGGCCCUAAAUAAAUAAAAAACACAUUUUAAACUUGCACAGUAAAGUAAUUGUAUUUUUUCAUUUGCUAUACAGCCAGAUAAUACGACCAAUCGCUAACCUUAAAUGCCCAGUCGUUCAUAAAAGUUGAAGGCGGUAUAGUACUAUAGUAAUAGAGCAAGUACAGAAUCACUGAAUCGGAAUUGAUAGCUUGAAAGCAUUUAACGCGGGGCCCUGGAAAGUGCGGGGCCCAUAGCCACUAGCUGCUUUUGCUACUAGGAUAAUCCGGCAUUGGCCGUAACAUGACAUCUGUCUCAUCUGUUGAACCACGGCAGCCUCUUGUUACUGAAGUCGUGUGCUCAGAAAUGGCCUUAACCGUUGUCGAUGCUGUUGUGAUUGGGUUAUUUUUUAUAAGGUGGUUGUGCCAUACGGGUGGCAGGAUGCCUUCAUUAAUAUCGAUUUUCAUCAUCAAGCGCACGAUACAUGCAUCAAAUUGCGUGUAUCAAAAUCUCUAUUUUUAGAUUAGAAUGUCGUAUUAAAUGUGUUCACAUCUCGGCUGCUGCCACGAGAGGCACUAUCAUUCACUGCCAGAUUAAACAAUAGAAUGUAAUCUAUAUAAAUUCUGAAGUAAUUGGUGGCGAGAUUCAUUAUACAACCCGUAGUGCUCUGUAUACUAAUAACUAUUGGGUUGCGGUUGUUCAAUUGUUGUUUGCUGUUAAGGAACACACUUACAUCUGUUGUGACAGUUUGUCAAUUUAUAGUGUGAAACAUUGCAGUGAUGUUGUCCGGUAAAAAAUAAGUUGUACCAGAAAAAAUGUUGGUGUAUUAAUCAUACUCUUUGGUUUUUUCGGUAAAGUCACGUAGGUAAAAAAUAAAAUAAAAUAAAUGAAAACAACUAAAUUAAAUCACGACGUUUCGGGCUACGUGACUUUACCGAAAAAACCAAAGAGUAUGAAUCCUUGCAGUCACGAAAGCUUCAAAUCUAGAAUGUAUUAAUCAUGUUUAUGGACGCUUCAUGAUGACAACAAUGCACAAUAAAUCAUUUUGCAAUGGAACGUAGAAUCAGAAUGCGGAUAAGUUGAUGCAUUCAUUGUAAAGAAAAAACAUGCACCGAAUAACAGCGUCGUGGUUUGAACAAAUAUUCAGUCUGAAGCCAACACAGUUUAUUACAAAUGGAAUGAAUGGACAGUGGGGAGGCGUAUAUGCGGAUGGGAUACUCGGUGACCUUGAACGUAACGUCUUAAUUUGUACUGUUACCAUUUAUAAAGGUGUAAUGCGUGUCCAAGGAAACAUGUUGAAGUAAAAAAACAUCACUUUUGGAAAGCAUUGGAAUAAAAACGUCACAAACA